GGUUGAUCCUGAACGAGAUCAGCGGAUGGUUUUUGCUUAUGAACUUUUUAUUGCUGUAUCAAUUACAUUUUAUGUCUUGGGUAAACCUAAAUAAAAUCCAAAAUUUGGGAAUUUUUUAACUGUAUUUUUAUACAAGAAAUUGGAACUUGCCAUAUUUUAUUUAAAAAAUUUCAAAGGGUGCUAAAUGAAAUUCAAUUACUUAGUCUUUACUGUGUUUGAACUUUGAAGAUCUAUUAUUUUAUUUUAUACAGGUAAAUGAAGCUGGCCAAAAUGAAUCAAUUUUCACAUUGAUUUUAAUUUCUAUUAUCUUUAGCGUACGAUUUAUAAGAUUUUGGUAGGCAAUCAAAGCCAUCUAUUGAAGACCCACUUACUCUAUGCAUGCUUGCCUUGCAGCUGCCACCACCCUCACGCGAAAGACUUCGGAGGGAAACUUCGGAGGGAAAUUUCAUUGGCGACUACAAAAAUUGGUCGGGAAAGAAAGCUCUCUCUCUCGCCUUUGUCUCCAUCGUCGUCGGGUACGGCAGCUCUGUUCUGAUAGCAGCUCUGUUCUUGACACUGGCGAGCUCGGACGCCCCUUGCUCAGAGGGGUCCAGUGGUGUAUAGAUUUGGGAAUUUUGCCUUCUUCCUCCUCCAUCGAUGAUCUUUGCCGAGUCACCACAGAUUCACGUCGGAGGUAUAAAUGGAUGUUUUCUUGAUUAUAUAUAUUGGGAAUUCUAUAAACGUAUAUAUAUAUAUAUAUAUAUAUGUCUUUGUAACUUGGAGGCAUAAUUUGUUGUUUUCUUGAAAUUACUCUACGUAAUCGUUUGUGUUUUGUUAAUGGGUUGAAAUGAUCACCUGGGUCAGCUCCAAAAUACUUGAAAUUUGUUGUGAAAGUUUCCAUGAUGAGCUCGUUUUAGUUUAUAGAAUUUCCUUAUCAAUUUGAUUCCGAUUGCAGUUUAGUUAUUUACAUGUGAGUGCAUUUAUAGUGUGCAGUUUUUUAUCAUUACGGUCCAGUGGCGUAUUUUAUUU